CAUCAUACGUCUGGCGGCAGUGUACCAGCUCCCAGCCGCGCACCGCGGCCGCUCAUUUUGCUGGGUCAGCAGUUUUUCAACCUCCAUUGCGAGUCCUCCGAUGUCAGCCCAUCCCUCACCUCUCACCGCCGCUGUGGCCGCGGCCGAGGUUUCCUGACGCGCCUACAACGACUGCACGUCACCCAGGGCAUCACAAGCCGUCGCCCUCUCCACUACAUCAGCUGACUAAUCUUGGUAUUUGUGGAUAUUCCCUUCUUGUCCAAAUAUGCCGCCUCGGCUUAUUUUCAUUAUUGUCCGUGCAGGGGCACGAUUUUUUUUAUUUCUGUGUUCCUACCGCUGUUAAUCAGUCAUAAUUGUGGGAGUAACGUUCAUUCGCAUACGAUAUUGAUUCUUUCUUAUUGUUUGCUAGCGAGUCUAUUGAGUAUAGUGUGAGUUCCCUGAUCAAAUUUAAUCUUCAUCAGUGUGCCCUGCCUCCGUUUUCUUUUCACCGCUCGAGAGAAAACGUGAGCUUCAAUGGUAUACUCACUUAACAUACCACUUUGUUUAUAUAGUUAUUCUUUCUAUAUAUACCCAUAUCAUUAGGGCAUUCCAUUAUAACCUUAACUUCUAUUACGUCUAAACAGGCACCUUGCUAGCCAUUCUUUCUUGCCUUUUUAGGGUUUCAACGCAAACUAUUCAUUCAUACACGUUCCGGUUAUUGGUUCAUAUUUACAGCUAUCAACAUAUGCUCCUAUUUUGUAAAUGAUUUACACCAUAGUAUGAACAAAGACACUCUCGCUAAACUCGGCGACACCUAUAAACAGUUGGCUCGUCCUUCAAGUGAAGAGGGACUGGAACACGAUACCACAACCAGUGAAUUUACUAAGGUAAUCUUCUGUUCAGGCACUCAUUAUUUAUCAAUUACAGGCCGCAGAAUUCGUUCACCCCCGGGUUCGUCUGCAUACUUACAACCCACUCAAGGUUCAAGGACACCCUCACCAGCAUCCCCUCGCACCAGCCGCAGUAUUACAGGCUCAAAAUCAUGAUGUUGCGUUUUCUGACCAUCUUGUUGUCCCUCGGCUCCCUGCUUGCAACAACACCCAUCCAUCUGAAGCCUGGUGCCCUCACGGCACACAUAGGAGAGGUCUUCCUCAUAGAAGAUGUGCUCCUCGUAAAAUAUCCAUAUACUUCCUUGACCAACACCACGGACACAAUCAGGAUAGUCUCAGAAAAACUACUCAGCAUGGCAGACGCCAUCCGGGCUACCAAGACUAGGGAAUCAAAGGCUCCUUCUAGUACCAACUCUCUGACUCUUUUUCAACUACUGGAGGAUAGGAUUCUGUUCUUACGGGGAAAAGUUGAUGAGGUAAACAUGGAUUAUAGUUUUCACUCAGUUCACUCUCGGGUAAAGAGGGGGUUGCUCAACAUCGUUGGGUCCGCCUCAAAGUUCCUUUCGGUACGGCUACCGACGAGGACGUUCGCGAUUUGCAGGACCACUACGCUCAUGUACUUUCCUUUGCUGCUCGAAAUCGCAGGGUGAUCAACGCCAAUUGUAGAAAACUUGCGCAAUUGCAUACUAACAUUGAGGAACUGCUAGAGCAGACAAAUAAGAUGGUAGAGGUUAUCAACAUAGUUGUCAAACAGAUCGACCAGGUGAAUCAGUUUCUCCUCCUAGAUCAGGCCUUGCAUGUAUUGGAAAACGUCAUUAGCUCCGUCGCAACGGCAAAUCAGCAGGUUAUUAGCAACAUGGUUGAUGCAGCGCACGGUAGAGUCACACCUGCCUUGUUCCCUCUACACGAUUUGAGAACGACUGUCCAGAUCGGGUAUCAAAAUUAUAGCCUGACGCCUUUAUUCACCCCGGACAUGAGUCAAUAUUUUUACCCCUUGAUUGAGUCCAGCCUCACCCCUGAUGCCAUAAUCAUUCAUGUUCCCUUUCAGACGGCGGACGUGUUUGAGGCACACGAAAUUGUCCCGUUCCCUUUUUCGGCAAAGGACAGUGUGUUGGCCCUGGACACGUCCCCGUCUCUUGUUCUAAUCGCGAAGGAUUUCGCUCUGUAUUCAACAGGUAGCUACUCACUCUUGCAGUAUUGCAAGGAGACGGUCUUCGGGCGAUUCUAUUGCUCUGCGUCUCUCUUUGCCUUCCUUCCAGUUCGGGGAGGGGUAUGCGAGAUCGCCCUCACCCGCGUGAACGCGUCUGACGCUCUUUCCCUGUGCCCUUACAAGCAGCUAACACCAACGCCUGUUUUCCAUAAGAACUUUCAGGGUCUGCAUUAUUUUUAUUUCCCUCAGUCCUUCUAUGUAUCGGUCAUCUGCCCGGAGGGUACCACUUAUCAACGGGUUACUGGUCACUAUGCCAUAGCGGAAGCAUGCUAUAUCCGCUCCACUAACAUAACAAUGUACCCGUCCCAGAUUCGUCUGGUUUUCACGGCCAAUAUUUCCCAUCGAGUGUUUCCUCUACGGUCUCUCGAUGACAUUCAUUUCUCCAGCAUUUCGUAUGUGACUAAUUCCCUUAAUUCAUUGUCUUUCGCGAACAAAACAGAGUUUGCGGGAGCCCUGGAGGAAACGCUGCCUGAUUAUUUGCAUCUCCCCUACCUGUACCCUGGAUUUUUUGUACCAAUGUUUCUGAUGUUCGUCAGUCUCGUCGUCAUGUGCUACCUUAUUAGGAGAAACUCUGUCCUGCACGAUUAUUUGGUUGUGCAGACACGGCGACUGGAUGCCGGGAGGCCACUGGCAAGGUAGUUUUCCUUUUCUCAGACAAG